AUGGCCGAUCUAAUCGCUUUUCACACCUAUUAUUCACAUCAUAAUUUCCUUUCACCGUCCACAAUGAUCCCUCGUCCCAGCAGUCACAGGCGAUCUCUCUCUUCCGGCCAUAGAUCCCUCUCUCCCGAUAGAACCGUCACAAAAGCCAAAUCCACCAAUGACCUUGCCGGAGGCGCGACCGAUAAGUCCGCAAAUGUGCUAUCUUCGAGCGUGGGUAGCUUUCCCGAGAGUGGUUUCAGCACUUUGAAAGACCCGCGGCUCGCGAACGACUCGGAAGUCUCCGAAUCCUCCUCACCCCCGUCUCAUCACCCAGAUCUCAACGAUGAAGUUGCUGCGCUGAGUUUAAAACUCGUUCAGGCCAUAAAUAACCAAACCAACCUCGACGAUACAUUGGUUGCCACUCGCCAGGAGCUGGAACACGCCCAGUCUAAUAUUCAGACACUCGAGUUGGAAAAUGAAAAGUAUCGGCGAGAUAUAGACCAAGAGGUAGUGGUAAGGAAGGCUGAUGUAGAUCGCGAGAUUCAGCGUUUAAACGCCGCUUUGGCGGAAGAGAAGGCGCAGCGUGCUCUCGUCGAGAAAGGAAAGAAAACCAUUGAACAGGAACUUGAGACCCUUACUGCAGCCCUCUUCGAGGAAGCCAACAAGAUGGUUGCUGCCGCGAAGCUCGAACGAGAAGCGGUUGAAAAGAAGAACGAGCAACUACGCUCCCAAGUCAAAGACACCGAGCUGCUCCUGGCAUCUCAUCAGGAUCAACUGGCGGAACUCAAGGCUGUCAUGCAGGGAAUGAAUCUAGCCAAGGAUGACGCCGAGGCGCGGACAACCAGCUCAACCGCGCCAUCCUCUCCAGCUGGGCCACAGCAGUUGCCUGGAAUUACCAAGACAAUCGAAACCCCGGGUGUCUCGGAAGUGACACCCUCAUUCCCUGAGGAUCUUGUACCGGGUCCCUCCACCAGCUUCCCACAUUUGAUCAAAUCUGUGUGUCGGACGGACCUACAAGCGUAUGACGAUUUUCGCGACUUGUUCAAUCUAACAAGCUGUUCAAAGCCUCCUAGCCGAGCCGCUAGCGGCUCAUACGCUGGACUGAACGUCAUGAGCCUUGCUAGCUUGGGAGGUGGUGGAUUUGGGUCGAGUUUCGGUUCAACGUCUUCGUCGCCUGCCAAGUCCCAGACUCAUUCCCCCAAUGGCAGCAUGUCUUCUCCACAACCCUCCGGCCCGCACAUCCCAUUGAAAGAAACGCGUUUCUACAAGCGGGCAGUUGUGGAGGAUAUCGAGCCCACGCUCAGACUUGAUGCGGCUCCCGGUAUCUCAUGGCUUACUCGGCGUACAGUUAUGAGUGGCAUUUGCGAUGGUAGUCUAUUGGUUGAGCCAAUGCCACCCUCCUUAAAAAAGUACGAAUUUCCGUGCUCUCUUUGUGGUGAGCGCAGAAACAGUCCCGAGAGCGAGAGAACCCACCGUUUCCGGACCUCAGACAGCGAGACAGCUCAACGAUACCCUCUGUGUAUUCUCUGUCUGGAGAAGGUACGAUCGUGCUGUGAAUUUACUGGCUACCUACGUCUCAUCCUCGAUGGUCACCUUCGUGUCGGUGAUACAGAAGAAGAGAAGGAUGCUUGGGAAGAAACAGUUCGCCUGAGAGAGAGAAUGUUCUGGUCUCGAAUUGGCGCCGGUGUUUUACCCAUAUUUACCCAGGUCAAUAGUCCUGGGGGAGAGCAGCCAAACACAACAGCAGAGCGAGACGAUGGCCAUGCGCAACACCAAGUUCAGCACGAUAGCAUUGAAGCGCACGUCGAACAGGACGAUGACGACGAUGAUGUUUCCGUAUAUGAGGAUCCAUUUGUGUCUGCUGGCUCUGAAUCUCCGGCCAGCAGUGCAGCGGAAUCAACACCCCUUGAUGAAAUCGAACCCCAAAAUCUCGAUUCUGCAAAAGACGAAGUUUCUGAACACACCAUUUUUGUGACGGACACAGUUACCACCACUCCUGUUGACGAUAAUGCAGAGCCAAAAGCUGCACCAAAUGCCGAGGAAUCCCAAGUGGGCCAAACUGCAAUGCAAAGCACCGAUGUCAACCAUACGGUUGAAGAUGACAACAAACCGCUCCAUACGCAACCAUGA